AUGUCGACAGAAUAUGUGGCAUUGAAGCAAAGGACAUUUGAUGAGGAGGCUAGUGAGAAUACCGAAGAUGACAUCCCAAUAUCGCAGCAUGAGGUACAUCGCAGAACUUGGACGCUCUCUGCACCAGGACUUUCCCAUAUGGCCUACGAGAUGCGCUACUUUGACGGCUUCUAUGAUUCUUCUCCAUACAAAGGUACCCCGAAUGCGACGCUCGACAGAAAUUGGGAAAAGUUGGUUCGCAGUGGUUAUGUAUCUAUACCGGCUGAGGCCAUGGAGUCCAAACUGCAUAAAAGUUUGAAUUAUGUCCAGCUGUCUAGUGAGCAUGGAGGAGAAUACCUAGGCAAUUUCGAAGUGUAUCAUCAGCUCCACUGCCUGGACCUCAUCCGAAAGUAUACUUAUGAAGAUUAUUAUAGACAUCCUGACCGAUUGCCGCUAGAGUUCACAGAUUCAAACAAAACUCUGAGGCUGCAUGUCGAUCACUGUAUCGACUACCUACGACAAUUGAUUAUGUGCACAGGAGACGUGGGAAUACAUACAUACUUCUGGAGGAAAGACCGUGAUGGGCCAUUUCCUGACUUCCGGGUGGAGCGCAAGUGUAGGAAGUGGGAUGUUGUCGCAGAUUAUGCUGCAUCAGCGCGAGGCAAUAUCUCUGUGCCAAAAAAGCCAGAUGAUGCUUUUGAGUAUAGCGUUUAA